GCGGAGGCCCAGGAGGAGGGGAGAAAAGAAGGUGGAGGAUCCUGGCUAUUACUCUGAAUCUGAUAACGAUUCUCUUAGAUUCUAGAGACACAGAAAAAGGGAAGGGUGUCUCAUUCCCCUUCCUCCCCUCAUCCCUCUUCUCAGCCUUAGCGAUGGCCGAGGCAGGGGCUGGGCUGAGUGAGACCGUCACUGAGACAACGGUUACCGUGACAACCGAGCCCGAGAACAGGAGCCUAACCAUCAAACUUCGCAAAAGGAAGCCAGAGAAAAAGGUGGAAUGGACUAGUGACACAGUAGACAACGAACACAUGGGACGCCGCUCAUCAAAAUGCUGCUGUAUUUAUGAGAAACCUCGGGCUUUUGGUGAGAGCUCCACGGAGAGUGAUGAGGAUGAAGAGGAGGGCUGUGGUCACACACAUUGUGUCCGGGGCCACCGCAAAGGACGGCGUCAUGCAACCCCAGGACCGAGCCCCACCACCCCUCUCCAGCCUCCUGACCCCUCCCAGCCCCCUCCAGGACCAAUGCAGCACUAAAUUCCUCCCCCCCCCCAUUCCUCUGUCUGGCCCUGAAUGUAUUCAUGUGGCUACUUAGGGACUAAACCCGUGGUUUGAUUCCUUCUCCAGCCCCCCUUUCCCCUCUCCUCUUCCUGAUAGAGGGAAGCAGGAGAGAAGGUUAAACAGAGAUCCUGGAAUUCUGACUUGCUGCUAUUCCAGAACCCCAGCUUCUGGGUUCCUCCAGCCCUCAUUUCUUCUUCCAGUACCCAUCCUCCUCUCUCCAGGGAUCUAGACAUCUUGGUCCCAGUCAAUUCCCUUUGAUCUCACUGCCAAACUGCCUAUCUUGGGAUCCAGUUACCUUGGCCCCCUGCACUCUCUACUUGAGUCCCAAACACUUCACUUGGGUUUUCAACAGGCCCAGCUUUCACUGCCAGGGUCCCAGUUGGAUUUUGGGGGAUCUUGCCAUAGCUCCUUAUUAAUCCUGGCUUAGAGUCUUUCACUAAUAUAUUGCUGUUAUCUGAACUUUUAGUCCUUGCCUGGGAUGUGAGGUCUUAAGAGAGACUUCUGGGCUCCCAGCCCUUCCCCUUCCCUCCUGCCCACUCCCCUCAUGCCUUCAAGAGGAGUUAGGAGAGAGAGAGGUCUUUGGCAUUCUCACCUUUAAUGAGAAGUGGAAACAAAAAUAGUCAUCUUUUCUCACCCUUCUUGUGUGAUCUAGGAUUUCUGACAAAACUGGCUUCUUACUUAGAGCCAACUACUUCAGCCUUUGGUCUUCCAGCUUUGGAGACAGAUACAGCAGAGUCCCUAUGCUGGAUUUCCUGGAAAAGGAAGAAAAAGAGAGGGAGCAAAGAGAUGGGAGUGUCCGCUCUCCUGCACUCUUACCCCUUCUUUCCUAGGCUUUGAUGCCUCUACUAGCGCAAAUGUUGAGCUUUCUCAGCCCUCCUCAUCCCUUACUUGGAUCUGGAUAUCAAUUUCUAGGCCUCUUGCAUUCAUAGUUGCAGAGAUCAGUCAAACCAUACCACCACUGAGAUCUCAUUUAUUCCACAGAUGCACAAAAUAAAUAACCCAACAUCACAAA